AUUCGUUUUCAGAUAUAAAUAAAAUUUAUAUCGAACCGAAUGAUUACAUGAAGAUGUUAGAAUGUGGAUUCUUGUUGGUUGAAGCUUUCAAGAGCGUGCUCACAGAAGAUUUCUCAGAAACAGAAGAUUCGUUAGUGAAAUUGCUAGAAAGUAUAGAAAAUUCAAUGCUUAUCGAAGAAUUUGAACAAAUCGAAACGCCUCUACGAAGAAGCGAUGAGGAUAUAUGUCUGUUCAGGCGUAAUUACGUCAAGAAACGAAGUGACAUUAUACGUUAUCUGAAAAAUCAUUUCGUUGAAUGGAAAAAUUAUAAUGAAGUCGACGAAGACACUAUACAGGAUGAAAACUUAAAACCAAAUAUGAAAAUAUUCCGGACAUCCGGUAGAAAUCUGAAUACGUUCAAAAUUGACAACCAGAAACGAAUAUCAUUCGAAGACCCAUUAAAAGAUAAGAAUUUGAAAUCACACGAUAACACUUUCGAUAGAGUUAAAAAUCGAAGCGAUGGAGAACCAGAAUUAAACAUACCAUUACUCCACGGGAACACGUUUACAGAUGGUAAUGAAAAAGAUGGUCCGAAAGUGAUAAGAAAUAUAAAAAUAAUAGAUAAAUUUGAAAGGAAAGUCAAUAAAGCAACACAAUUGAAUCUAGACGCUCUGGAUUAUUCAGAAAUAGUUGAUUCUUUAUCGUCGAUCAGUGAAACUAAACAUAACGAAACAAAUGUUGAGACUGUUCCACUUUAUGAUUUUAACGACGAUGUUUUUAUUAAAGAUUUUAAUGAUAGCCUUUCAUUAAUUAAUGAUGUAAACUGUAACGAUGCAAGGAAUGACUCAACUGUCGACAGUGGGUUCGAGAAUGAAGUACACGCUUGUACAUUGAUAAGGAGCUUCUUGUCGGAGCUGAGUACUUCGUUUAAGUUGAUUUAUAGUUUUGUAGACAAAUGCAUUAAGGAGUUCCAAGAAGACGAAUUGUCGGAUGAGACGAAAAAUCAACUUCUAAACAAAGCGAAUCAGACGCACACACACAUUGCUGACGUCAUCGAGAAGUUGAAGAGUAUUAUCGAGAGGGAGUCGGCGGAUAGUACAUUGAAAACUAUGUUCAUAAAGGCCGGAAAUGACGUUACAGAGGACAAGAGAAUGACUAGAUACAGACAAACGGUUACCAAAUGUCUGGAACAGGCGCAAGUUCUAGAAAGUUCUCUCAAGAUAAUGCUGAAUAUUACAAGCAAUGACUGCGAUAUCUCUUUAAGCAGUAGAAACGGUAUAACUCAUUUUAAUAUAUUUGAAUAAAUAUAUAUAAAAUUGUAACAAUAACAUAUUAUAUUAUAUUGUAG